AUGGUUGAAGUACGGUCAAACGGACAAUCUACCACUGUUGUUUUACAGCAGCCUCUGUCAGUAUUGCAACCUCAACAAGGAUAUUUUUUAACGAGAGGAUGGAGUUCUGGAAUUUGUAGCUGUUUCGAUGAUUGUGAAUCAUGUCUUUGUGCAGGAUUUUGUUAUCCAUGUUAUCUUUGUCAUAUGUAUAGCAUUUCAAAUGAGGCCUGUUGGCUUCCUUUAUUUGGAGUUGGUGUUCUUCCUCUACGUAUUAAACAUCGAAUCAAACACAACAUAGAUAAUACACGAGGAGAAAUUCAUGAAGUUAAUAGUUUAUUUUGGUAA